AUUUAACUUUUUUUUUUAUGAAACAAAAGCAUCCAGAACUUGAAGUACAAAGGUUUUGGAAGGAACAAACAUCUUGGUGGUAAACCCUACAGAGUACAGACAUCAUUUCAGGAACCAGAAUCAGAGAUUUAAAGGUUGGAACGAAAAUUAAUCAUCGAUGGCAGCAGAGACGAAAGAAGUUUCAGGUUCGGAGAUGUCUCUAAAGGAUCAGGGCAACGAGUUUUUCAAGUCAGGAAAGUAUCUCAAAGCUGCUGCACUCUACACUCAAGCCAUCAAGCAAGACCCUUCUAACCCUACUCUCUAUAGUAACCGUGCUGCAGCAUUACUGCAAUUGGAUAAGCUUAAUAAAGCUCUAGAUGAUGCAGAGAUGACAAUCAAAUUAAAACCCCAAUGGGAAAAGGGAUAUUUCAGGAAGGGAAGCAUAUUGGAGGCCAUGAAACGAUAUGAUGACGCUUUAGCUGCCUUUCAGAUAGCAUUGCAGUAUAACCCGCAAAGUCAAGAAGUAACAAAAAAGAUAAAGAAGAUAAACCAACUGAUGAAAGAUAGCAAGCGAGCUCAAGAAGUGGAGAAUAUGAGAUCCAAUGUUGACAUGGCCAAACAUUUAGAUACAUUCAAAACUGAAAUGUCCGGGAAGUAUGGAUUAGAAGAAGGCUGGAAAGAUUUGUUCUCAUUCCUUGUUGAGACUAUGGAGACAGCUGUAAAAUCAUGGCACAAAACUUCUUCAGUGGAUGCUAGAGUUUACUUUCUUCUUGAUAAGGAAAAGACAGACACCGAUAAGUAUGCCCCAGUUGUGAAUAUUGAUAAGGCCUUUGAAUCACCACAUACACAUGGCAACUGCUUUGCAUUUCUUAGGCAGUAUGCUGAGGAGUCUUUCUCCAAAGCAGCCUGCUUGGUGACUCCGAAGAACAUCAUUGCUUAUCCACAGGUCUGGAAGGGCCAAGGACCAAGAAAGUGGAAACAUGCACAAAGUGAUGGUUUCUUUGUUCAAUUUGAGUCUCCUUCCCUGCGAAAGCUGUGGUUUAUACCAAGUUCGAAUGAAAAGGGGCAGACAUUAUGCAGGGAUCCAGAGGUUUUGGACAUUGGUGCUCAUGAAGUUCUUCCCCGGUUAUUCAAAGAAAAUCUGCCCCAUUCUUAGUGUACUACUUCAUUAGUACGUGGUGUAUUUCUUAAGGUAAAAAUGUCAGGCUCACACGAAGGUUUGCAUGUUCAACGAAUACAGACACAAUAUGGUGCCGAUGUUUUGUCGUCUUCUUAGGAUGUGAAAAAUGCUGGCAAAAAGGAUGUGUGCUUCAUAAUUUUGUUAGAUCCGUAUAUUUAUUUAUUAAAUUAUUUUAAAUCAUCCAAGCCAUCGAGGAGUUGCAUUUUGGUAUUAUUUUAUUGUGUUUGCUCUUCUGUUCUUGAGGUUUGGAGACCUUGGCCUUUAGUUUGUUUAUUUGAGAUGUGACACUUUUAUGUUGCCAAGGCAAAGUAUUCAAGUAGUUAGCAUAGAUAUUUUAUCUGUUUUUUUUUGUGGUUCAGAUAUGAAUAUUGAAUUUGGCUGUUAAUGUUCAUUUUGAUCAAUUUAUUUUUGUAUCC